AUCAUCAUGUUCUGCUGGGGAGACGGUUCGAGUGGACAGUUUGGUCUAAACUUUGAGAAUGUGUCUGUUCCUAUAGCAGGGAAUAUAUUCUCUGAUAAAGUCACAGAAAUUGUUUGUGGGGAGCAACACACUUUAUUUCUCACGGUAGAUGGCAGGAUCCUAUCAUGCGGGCGCAACUCAAAGGGACAACUUGGUAGACAGAAGAAAAGAGAUUCAAAACGACCAGCCCCAGUGGAGGGUCUGAGGGCCGUGGUCUCUGUGGCUUGUGGUCAGGACCACUCUGUAGCUGUGUGCGCGUCAGGACAGGUGUACUCCUGGGGGGCAGGAGGUGAGGGACAGCUGGGCAUCGCCCUUACUACUGUCUCCAAAGUCCCCAGGCCAAGACCAGUUCCAAUACCUUCGCCCUUGCCGAUAACAGUGAUACAGGUUGCUUGUGGAAAUUCCCAUUCGUUGGCCCUGACUAAAGGAGGACAGGUGUUCUCGUGGGGUCUGAACAGUCAUGGACAGCUGGGCCUGGGGAAGGGAGUCCCUCUGCAGCCCAUACCUUCCCUGGUGCUCUCCCUCACUGGAGUCCCAGUGACCCAGGUAGCAGCCGGAGGAACCCACACUCUGGCCCUCACCCUCCCAGGCCUGGUCUACUGCUGUGGGGCGAACAGGGCUGGGCAGCUGGGACUCAACCGUGUGGAUGAGAAAGGCCGGUUCAACAUCUGUGCUGUGCCUGCUCUCAGAGUCUUGGGGGUUUCCUUCAUCAGCUGUGGAGAGACGCAUUCUGCUGUUCUCACCAAGGGUGGACAGGUGUUCACCUUUGGGGAGGGAAGCCGAGGCCAGCUUGGGCACAACGCAUCAGCUAACGAAAUCCUACCCAAACUGGUAGAGGGUAUGGAUGGACUGGUCUCACAGAUAGCAUGUGGCAGCCAUCACACCCUGGUGCUGGGGUCCUCAGGUCAACUCUGGGCCUUUGGCAGUGGGGUCAAAGGUCAGCUUGGGACUGGCAACACAGAGGGCAGCUUGCGACCCACCUCAGUGCUGCUGAAAGGGGCUUCUGGUGGGGCAGCAACAGUCAUACAGAACGACAUGAAGAUAUCAGUGGGAUGGAAUUCAAACUUCAUUUACACCGCUGAGAGUUCUGAAAGAGAACAGCCAAUUGGGAGGUUAGAUAAAGCCAAGCUGCAAAAAUGGCUGACGAUGAAGCAAGGAAAUACAGAGGCUCAAAGAGAAAUAUCCUUGAUGUUCUCAACAAGUUCAAGUCUUGUGGCCAGUUUCACCAAAGCCAGUGAGUCUCCAUCAACUAAAGCUGCAGGAGCUUUGAGAGUGGACCUAGAGGCUGCUAGCCAGGCUUUUGAUCAGCUCUUCAACAUCCCAUGGAUCAGGAAAUCAGUAAAUAUAUUGCCACUGGUGGACAAUAUUUUCAGUUCAGCAGCUGUCAUCAAGUCACCAGAGAUCUUUCUGAUACUACCCACAAUCCCUCUUUUCCACGAGGACCACAACGUCAUGAACAUGGUCAUGACUUUAGCAAUAGUUAUCGAUGAGGAUCUGAAUGAAACGGCCAUGAACAUUUUAAAAGAGUGGUGGUCCUCAAUGGAGACAAACAUCAUGACUAAGCACAUUCUGAUGUGGAAGAAUGCCCUGUCAUUCAUGCUGAGGAACGGUCUUCUGGCUACCCACAACCCCGGAGUCAAAUUCCUGCUGGAAGCCCUCAAGUCCCUCCACAGAGCAAACAAAAGGGCCGGAAGAACCCAGGAAGUUCCAGCCAGUACCUUUUAUGUGGAAGAGAUCAACGGUAGUGUUAUUCUAUUGGAGGAUGUGAAGCUUUGGCGUUUUUGGUCAACAAGGGAGGACACAGAGGUGACACCAGUCAUCUUUUGCCGUUACCCAUUUGUGUUGAGUCUGAUCUGCAAGAUGGCGAUUUUCAACAGUAAUGCACUUUAUACAAAGGUGGUUCACAAAGUCACCCACCGGCUGACGGUGAUGUAUCCUUCUGGAACGUUCCGAGACAACCCAGAAUCUCCCCCUGCUCCAGUCUUCCAGUUGACCUUAAGGCGCCCGUCUCUCAUCGAAGACACCUUCAGACAACUGGGUGCUGCAGAUCAUGACUACUUCCAGAGAGAACUUGUGGUGCAGUUUGUGGAGGACAUGAAGCUGUCGCUCGUCAACAUAAGGGACUUUUUCCUCCAUGUGUUUAAAGAGCUGUUGGCAUCUUGAGAUGUUCAUGUACAACGACACCAAGACACUGGUCUGGUUCCCUGCCAAGCCCAGAGUGGAGGAGAAGAGCUACUUCCUGUUUGGUGUCUUGUGUGGCAUGGCCCUGUACAACCACAACAUUGUAUACCUGCCCUUCCCUCUGGCCCUGUUCAAGAAGAU